AUGGACUAGGCGGUUUAGCCCUAAAAUGAGCAAAAAAAGCGAAAGCAUCUCAUACUAUACAUCCUAGAUAUACCUUACUUUUUGAUUGUCUUCUUGCUCUACAAGGUCAUAGCCUCAACCUUUUACCUACCGUUGUUUUUAGCGUUGAACUUUGUUUAGAGCUUUGUGUUCAUUAAAAUAGACAAAUGCUCACUUAAAUCUCAUAUGUUGUAUGCUGUUCCAAGAUUUGUCUUUUUCAUCAUUCAAGCAGUUUUAUAUAUCUUCUAUUCUAUGAUACCUUUGAUUCUGAUAUAAAGAUAUAAUAUCUUGGAGAAUUUCGUCGGUAUUGAGCCAGAUAGCUAUUGGGUGAAGGGAUUGAAUUACGGAUCUGCCUACAUGCUCUUAGAUGUCCUCUAAUUUGCAACACUAAGAAGAUUUUCUAAAAGUCUAUUAUUUGGAAUGGCUUUAAAGCCAUAGCCUUAAUAAAGGAAAGCAUUUGUGAACAGUGUGAUGUGGAUUCUUGCUCUCAUCUUUACAAUUUUGAGCGCCUUUUCCUAUUACGGCUAUGUUAAACUUACAACUGAAUACCAAGAGAAGAUUCAGCAAAACCCGUAGGAUUCCAUCAAGUGCAAAGUAUUCUUUACUCAUGCUUUCAACUGCAUGGUCAUGGGUUAGGUCCAAUUACUACUAAAGAUUCUUGAGUUAAUUCUCUACGUGGUUGUCAUGUUCUUCAAGUUUAUUAUGGUCAUAUUUCCUUGGAGGAAAACUAUUCUUGACGAAAAACUAAAAGAUGUGGCUAUUCUGACACCUUACAGAAUAAAGUAUAUGAGAAGAGAUUAUAAUGAAAAGCCAGCUGAUUAAUGGAGAGGUCAAAUAGUUAUAUAUCUAGGUAGGUGCUUCACUGACAUCCCCUACUUUUGCAUGCUUUUGGCAAUUAUUCUCAGUGUUUUCAUGGCUAGGAGAUUAUAUCUUGAAUUAGAACUAAGGAUAUAUAAUGAGCAAAAGGAACUUGGAGAUUUACUGAAAGAGGAAAUAUUGAAACAUUUUAAAAAACUUAUGAAAUUUUACUUUAAAGUCACUUGCUUAUCAGUCUUGACUGUCUACAAUCUAGUAUCAGUAUUAUUUUGCUUGACCCGAAUUAAAAGAAGUUUGAGAUAUUACAAGUCAACAGUAGAAGAAAUUAGAAAAGAUUUCAUAGAUGAAGAUUUGCCUGAUUAGAUGAAGGCUAUAGAGCUCGUGGGCAGAAUGAUUUUUGUUAAUCAGGAGAAAUUUAGCAUAGAUUAUAGUCACUUUUUUAUAAGGAAAAUGAUGAUGAGGAUAUUGAUUUGGAGAAGAGAUAUCUACGAUUAAGAACUCGAGAAGGGUAUCCAUUCAUAGCAUAAUUACACUUUAGAUUAAAAGGAAAACGAAGGGAAAGAUCAACUUUAAAUCAUUAGACAGCAAGGACUUAAUUCGAUAAUUGAGCUAUUUUUCCUUACCCUUUGUAUCCCAGUGUGCAUUCUUCAACCUUACAAAAUCAGAUGUUUAUAUCAAGAUUUAUCUCUCAAUCAUCCUGACAAAUGGGUCUCACUGAUUAAGAUAUACUUAAAGGGGCUAAUUACUGAUCUUCCCUAUAUUAUGAUGCUUAUUUCUUUAAUUCCUUCAGUGUUUUUCGCCUAUAAAUUGAAAAGAUCCAUCGAUGAGAAGUAUGCUUACAUUAAAAUCAUAACAAUUUCUAGGACUAAAGAUGGGAAGACAAAAGAAUCUUUAAAAGGUAAAAUUUUGCCUUCUAAACUUGUUACCUAUCUGGAGAUAUAAUCUACUAUUCAACAGAUAUAAACUUUAGAAGCUAGAGAGAAAGGACUUAGUGAUAAGUCCAUUGCAAAGCUUAUUAGAACUGCCAUCUAACUAAAGAUAAUGAAUAGUGAACCAAUCUAUUUCUGCCUUUUUUAAGCAUUUUUAGAUCUUAAGACUCUACCAAUUCUCUUGGCUACAUCUUUGAACCCCUUCAACUGGAUAUUUAUAAAAUCCUUAUUCAAGAAAGAAUUCGAUUAUGCUAAUACUACUAAUUUGUAGUCUUAGGAGGAAUAUAGAAGAACUGUAAUUCAUAUGAUAUUAAGGAAAACCAUAAAAGACAUUUGGACUUACUUGAUAUUAUUACCGAUCAAUUUAUUGUUUCUUUACUAUAUCGGUUUAUUCAGACACUUGCUAAAAAAUAAAGAGAAAGUCUUUAAAUAGAAAGAAUUUGACGCUGAUAUCUUUAAGAAAAAGUUGUCUGCAGACUAAUAUUAAGCUAUAAGCUUCUUUGAUAAUAUUUAGCAGCUUUACUUUGAUUACAUGUACCCCUCCGAUAAUAGAUAUGCAGUGAGAAUUAUUAACAAUCAGUUCAAAAAGACUAUAUGGUACCUACCUAUAAUAGUCUUAACGCUACCUUUAAAUCCUUACAGAACCUAUGAAUUCUUUAUUCUUAAUCCCAAAAAUGAGUUCAUAAAUUUUACCUUCAAUAAUAUAAAGGAAUUAAAUCAGCUAGAAAAUUUUAAAAGAAAGAGCAUUGUAAGAUAGUUCAAAUAGUCACUUAGUGAUUUCAUUGCUUUUGUUUUUAUGAUUUUGAUAUUAAUUACAGGAGUAAGGGCCUUAUAUCUGAUAGUUAUACUUUCAGUUAAUGGUCAUUUAACCAGAUUUAAUCCAUUUAUUAGAAGAAUCACAAAAAGUCCUCUGAUUAUCAUAAAACUACUUUAAAUAGAGACUAAAUUAGCGAAUAAAUCUGAAGAAUUCAACUAAAACGAAUAAUAUCUGAGUAUUAAGGAAUGCAUAUGGCUUAGUUUGAUUGAACUAGUUAUGGAUCUUCUUGUCUUGCCUUUUAUUAUUGCUCACUUUAUCUUUAUUCCAUGGAGAUAUAAAGAGAUUUUCAAUCUAGCUGUUUCAUAAUUUGAGCGUAUUCCUACUUAAAGAGUUAAGAAAGUGUAAUAUAUGAGAGAGAUAGAAAAUGGAAAAGUUCCGAAGAGAGUAUAGGUUGUAGGAUAACUAAUAAUGUACAUAGCCAUUGAUUACUUGACUGUAUUCCUGUCUAUAAUACUGGUGGUCACUGGAUGGAGAGCUGUCAACACGAUUGAGUUUUGGUUUAAUCAUUUCAGAUAUAGAUUUAGCAAAAAUCACGAGGUGAAGUAGUUCAUGGAAACUAUAAUCAAAGACAAGUCCCUUGUUGGCCAGAUACUUAAUGAAUUUAAGUAGCUUCUCAUUGACUCCUUUUUCUUUACUUUAACCCUGCUUGUAAUCAUUCAAGUGAGAAGAGUAAAGUCUCUAAAACUUAGACUAUAGGAUAUAUAUGAGAAGAAAAAAGUUAGGAAGGAGAUUUAAACAUUGAAUUAUCUAGCAAGGGUUAAACAAUUUAGUUAAAGUCUUAAGAAGUAAAAUUAGGACAUUGAUAAUAAUCAGAUUGAUAAAAAGAUUGAAGUAAAGAAGACAAUAAAUGAUCUAAGUAAAAAUGUGAUGAGUGUAUUGCUUCCAUUUUUGCCUCAUAACGAGAUUCUUAAACUUGAAUAGACUAGCAAGAAGAUGCUGAUUAUGGGACAUCACUGGCCUGUAUGGAAGAAUAUAUAUCAAGAAUAGCAUACAAAGAAUCAACUGAUACCAGAGCUUCACAAGUAUAUGAAUUUUGUAGAAUAAGAGAAUAAUGAUUAUAGAAGUGCCUGCAAGAGAUCUUUCAUAUACCUAAAAAAUAAUGUAGCACCAGAAAUCCCCUCUGAAUUAUUAGACUAUACUAAAGGUUCUUAAAUCGUGAUAGUAGAGGAGCUAGUUUAUUCUCUCCAUGAAAUCUCUAGAAUAUAUUAAUAUCCCAUUAAGUUUAUGGACAAUUUUAUGAGCUAAGCUACAAAUAAAGCCAUCGAUUUCUAUGAUACUAAACUUAACAAUUUGAUAAAUAAGCCUAAAGAGACAGUACUUUAGUAUUUACUUUGGAUUAAUUAUCCUCCUACUGUACCAAUCGACUAAUAUGAAUAAGAACUUUAGGAGAUUUGGUAAUAUGACUAUGUCAGAGUUUUUGUUAAUGCUAUAAAGCUAUACGCUUUGGCGAAAAACGUAAUAAUUCACUUACAAUUUAAAGCAAUGAAUUGGAUAAUGAAUAAAUUGGCUGCAGGUCCUCCUCUUACUAAUCAAAACUAACACAUUAUUCAUACCCUUGAAUAUUCCUUACCAAUUGCUGUUCCAUUAUAUUUACUUCAGUUUAUCCUUAUUAUACCUGCAAUUUUACUAAAGUAUCAUCCGAAAUUGAUAAGUUUUUAUCUGAUUAUAUAAAAGUUCCUAUUUCAUAACCCUGCUUGGUAUUUUUCAGAACUCUUUAUCAUUCUUUUUAUUAAUUUAUCAGCUGAAUUUCAGUUAGAAUACUAAGACAAUUUUAAAUGCUAGUACUAUAUCAAGCCAUUUAGAAUUUUAACUUUGAUUAGAAAAUUCGUAAAAUACUUAUGGAGAGUAGUAACUGGACAGGUAUAAAAAGCAGGGACAUGGUCUUGGGAUAAAAUUAAAUUACUAGGGGUCUAGCUUAAAAAAUUAGCGUUAAAGUUAAUCGAUCCAUUGAUAAGAGCAGGAAAAGGAGCAGCUUAUUAUUUAGGUCUUCUCAUAGAUAUAAUAUAAAGAGGUAUAAAGUUCUUCAUUAUGAAACUAUCUACUGCUGCUAAUUAUGUAGCCUAUUGGCUUUACACAAUCAUUAAAGGCAUACUUGUUUAUAUCUGGAAAGGAAUGCUAUUGAUAUUUGAGUAUUUGAUAAAAAUGCCUAUCUAGAAAACAGAUAAUAUCUAUUUCUGGACCUUUGAAUUUCUACUUAAGUAUUUAAAGAAGUUUGGAAUCGUUGGAGAGUUGAUUUUCACAAUAUUUGGAUUGAUUUGGCUACUGUGGCCAUUAGUUUUUGGCUAUUUGUAAGGAUAGCCCCAAUAUUAUAUUCCAGCUGUGAUAUUAACCAUUAUAUUGAUUGUUAGAGGUAGAAAAAUAGUCUAUCAAAACAAUUGA